AUGCUCGAUGCUGAGGUGGUGGGUAGUUUUCCUGUUGUGGUUGUUUUUCUCACUGAUGUUGAUAAUUUUGAUGUUGUUAGUAUUUGGGUUGUUGGUUGCGUUGUUUCUGGUGGCGUUGAUGUCAUUGUUGAUGGUGAUGUUGGUGGUGGUGCUGGCGAAGUUGUUGGUGACGUUGAUGGUGUUGGUGGCAUUGGUGAUGUUGUUGUUGUUGGUGGUGGUGAUGUUGUUGGCAAAGUUGUUGGUGAUGUUGUUGGUGACAUUGUUGGAGACGGUGGUGAUGUUGUUGGCGAAGUUAUUGGUGAUGUUGUUGAUGACAUUGUUGGAGAUGUUGUCACUAAUGCUGUGGAUGAUUUCAUGGUGGUUUUACCUGUUGUAAUAUCCGUAGUGGGAGGGGCGACUGUAAUGCCUGGUUGGUUGUCUAAAACAUACACACAGAUAUUUUUAAAUUAA